AUGACACACGCCAACCCGGAACUCGAUCGAGGCUUAUUUACCUCACUGGUAAAUGACUUUGUAGUGGCGUCCAUGUGUUCUCAUAUCGUAUUUACGAUUUUCCCGACAUGACCUGAAGGCAGGGUAUGUCCCGCCUUGAUCUGUUUGGUGUUGUAUAACAGCUCGGUGAAACUUUGCCCCAUUUGGAAACCGGGGACAGCGAACUGCGCAGUUCUCCGUUUUUAUGAAAAUACCCAUUAAUCAUAGAAUAAGCCUUGGAACCGCGGCACGAUGUCUAGAGCAGCGAAAAGACUGAAAAUGGUCCUGAAUCACCUGGAUCAUCCUUCUACCACUCUCAUAGCGUCUUCUACUUCUGCGCCGUCGGUGUCCUCACAUUGCACUUUACCGCUGCGGUACACCCUUGAUAACAGCAUCCUGACACCUGGGCAAAGGAUUUUCUAUGAGGAAAAUGGCUUUUUGCUUAUUAAGAACCUCGUGUCUGCAGAGGACAUUGAAAAAUUCAGGACGGAGUUCGAACGCAUCUGUAGGAGAGAAGUUCACAUCCCAGGUCUGAUCAUUAUGCGGGAUGUGGUCAUCGCCAAGUCGGAGUUUGUCCCUGACCAGAAGGCGGUGUCCAAGCUGCAGGACUUCCAGGAGGACCCAGAGCUGUUCUGCUAUUGCUCCCUGCCUCAGAUCCUAAAGUACGUGGAGUGCUUCACCGGGCCGAACAUCAUGGCCAUGCACACUAUGCUCAUCAACAAGCCGCCGGAUGCAGGGAAGAAGACGUCCCGUCACCCCAUGCACCAGGACCUGCACUACUUCCCUUUCCGGCCUGCUGACCGCAUUGUCUGCGCCUGGACCGCCAUGGAGCACAUUCACCAACGUAACGGCUGCCUGGUGGUGCUGCCUGGGACCCACCGUGGCACCCUGAAGGAGCAUGACUACCCUGAGUGGGAGGGUGGGGUGAAUAAGAUGUACCAUGGUGUUCGGGACUACAACCCAGACCUGCCCAGGGUUCACCUGGAGAUGGAGAAAGGAGACACGGUGUUCUUCCACCCUCUGCUGAUCCAUGGAUCGGGAAUGAACCAGACUCAGGGCUUUCGGAAGGCCAUUUCCUGUCACUAUGCCAGUGCAGACUGCUACUACAUCGACGUGAAAGGGACAACACAGGAGAAAAUUGAGAAAGAGGUGCAGGAGAUAGCAGCCCGGAAGUAUUCCCUGGACAACAUAAAGUUUCAGAAGACGUCUUAGAAAGCCAGUGGAGAAACGUAGGAUAAGCCGGAUUCUCAAGCGAACAAGCCAUCGACGCUUUUUGGCUUGAAGUUGAAGCAUUCAAAGAUGCUGGGGGAAAUAAUUGUUUUAAUUAAAGAACUUUCCCUGGGUGCAAUCAGAUUGCUCACUCUGCCCAUCUCUAACGCUCACGUUGAGAGGGCAUUUUCCCAAGUGACGCUGCUAAAGGAUGACACGAGAAAUCGAAUGGGUCUGCCGCUCAUAUCAAGCCUCAUGGAUGUGCGCUCUGGUCUGAGCAGGAACGGGUGGACAUCAGCCAGUUUCAAACCUCCCCAGCAAUUGUUGGGGGGAUUUGAUUCCUCCAUGUAUUAGCCUCAUGUUUGGCUUUCAUGGACUGUACAUAGUUAUUAGUGUUCAACAUUCUUCAGUUCAAGAAAUGAGUAAUAUACUUUGAAAAGGUAUGAUCCGUUCUAUAAAAACUGCAUGUGACUGACUAAAUAGUUCUAAUUUUUUGCUCACAAGGAAGCUUGUUUGUGCAUUUUUCUGUGUUUAUUUUAUAAAACUGUUUUUAAUGUCAUGCUCUUUAUCAGGCUACAUCUAUACUUUUACGUUCAACAUAAGUUUUUUGCUAGGUGGAGAUUUGGGCUGGUUUUUAUUGAGGUGGGCGGGUUUUACAUUCAGUUUGGGCUGGAAAGCAGGUCAUUUACAACAUUAACCAGGUCAUAAAUGCAGAGG